UUUAUUGAGACUAGAUGAGGGAAUGACUAAAGUGUAUGCGAUGAGGUUCUUUCCUGGAUUAAAAUGUUUAUGUGGAGGAGUUUCCUCCUACAUUUCUAGAAAAGUCUCUCCAGGUAUUGCCAAUUUGUGGAAGAUUGUGGGCAGGUCAAUGGAUGAGAUCAUGUUCCAGAACUUCACAAAUUAUGAAAGAAGGCAACCAAGAUAGUAUAAUGCUAAAGCACUUGAUUUCAAAAAUAAAAUCAACAGGCCCGAUUUCAGUAGCAGAAUAUAUGAGGGAAGUUUUAACCAAUCCUGUCACAGGAUAUUAUCAACACAGAGAUGUUCUAGGACCACAGGGAGACUUCAUUACUUCACCUGAAAUUAGUCAGAUUUUUGGAGAACUACUUGGAGUGUGGUGCAUAAGUGAAUGGAUGGCUGCUGGUAAACCAAAAACAUUUCAACUAGUAGAACUAGGACCUGGCAGGGGUACUUUAGCGAGUGAUGCUCUAAGGGUUUUCAGCCAACUGAAUUCUGUGUUGAAGGAAUCUGAAAUUUCAGUGCAUUUGGUUGAGGUGAGCCCAAAGCUUGGUGAAGUUCAAGCGCAGCUUCUGACUGAAGGAGAGCAGCAUUUAAGACAUGAUCCAAAUGCUGCAAUUUAUAAAACGGGUACAACCAAAACAGGGCUUCCAAUCUCCUGGUACAAGGAUCUGCAGGAUGUACCUAGAGGAUUCAGCUUUUAUAUUGCACAUGAGUUUUUUGAUGUACUUCCAAUACACAAGUUCCAGAAAACGAAGCAUGGAUGGCGUGAGGUAUUGAUAGACAUUGAACCAAGUUCACCUGAAAAACUUCGGUUUGUUCUCGCACCUCAUGCUACUUUGGCUUCCAAAACAUUAAUUCAGAGAGAUGAUGAAAGAGACCAUAUAGAGAUAUGCCCUGAGGCUGGUAUCAUUGUUCAGAAUCUAGCCAGCAGGAUCACUGAAGAUGGGGGAGCAGCGCUGAUUGCUGACUAUGGCCAUAAUGGAACAAAAACUGACACAUUUAGAGGUUUUCGUGGACAUCAGCAGCAUGAUGUGCUCACAACACCUGGAACUGCAGACCUGACUGCAGAUGUUGAUUUCAGCUACCUUCGGCAAAUGACAAAGGGUAAAGUGACCUCCCUAGGACCAAUUCCCCAGCAUGAGUUUUUGAAGAAUAUGGGCAUUGAUGUGAGACUUCAGGUACUGCUAAGGAAUACAUCUGACCCAGCCACAAGUACAGGUUUGAUUGAUGCCUAUGAUAUGAUCAUGAAUCCUGAGAAAAUGGGGAAUCGAUUCAAGUUUUUCGCCUUGUUACCUUGUGAUAGAUUAAUUUCAAGCAACGAUACAAGGAGCAAAAAACAUGGUCCAACAGCACCACCUGUUGCAGGAUUUAGUGAACUGCAGUUGUAAAGAAAGCCAUUAGUCGCACCUUGCUGAAAAAACCUACAGUAUCAAGUUUAGGCUUGGUAUCAUUAUUGAAUUGGAAAAAUACCUGCAGAAAAGCACAACUUCACAACAAGAAAAUGAAAGGGAAACUAAUUUACUUCAUACUAUGUAAAUUAAAAACUCAAACUUUACAUAUUAUAUUGUUUCCUAAUAAUGGUACUGUUCUUAUUUUUUAGUAUUAAAAAUUGUGGCUAUUGUUCAAAUAAACUUGCUAAAUUGCAAUUGUACAUUAAGCAGAUGGUACAUAUUGUAGCCAUGAUAGCCACUGUUUGAAGAAGUAUACACUAACAGGUUCACCCUUGACUGAAGCAGACUGUUCAGUUCUGGAUGGCAGAAGCCAUGAGAAUGAUGGGAACAAAUGGCAAGUAUCCAUUCCACUCUUCACUCCAACCAUGUGGAUGGCUGUCACUUUGUUCUCCCAAACUUCCCUCUACCGAUCCUGCUCAUUUAACAAUAGUAUUGAGACAGACUAGAUCAGAUGAACCUCUUGUUAAAAUAAAAUUAAAAUAAAAAUUAUGAUUUGCAUGGGCGGCACAGUGGUUAGCACUGCUGCCUCACAGCACCAGGGACCUGGGUUCAAUUCCCGCCUCAGGCGACUGACUGUGUGGAGUUUGCACGUUCUCCCCGUGUCUGCGUGGGUUUCCUCCGGGUGCUCCGGUUUCCUCCCACAGUCCAAAGAUGUGCGGGUCAGGUGAAUUGGCCAUGCUAAAUUGCCUGUAGUGUUAGGUAAGGGGUAUAUGUAGGGGUAUGGGUGGGUUGCGCUUCGGCGGGUCGGUGUGGACUUGUUGGGCCGAAGGGCCUGUUUCCACACUGUAAGUAAUCUAAUCUAAUCUUGUCUGGUCAUUACCAGCUGCUGAUUGUUGGAUGCUUCAAGAAAAUAUUACUAUCAAUGAUUGAGGGGAUUGUGUUGAGCCUUUUCAUGUUCAGACAGAUGAUUAUGGAUGAAUGUAACCUACCAUUUAUAGCUCAAGUCUUUACUGACAAUGAGGAUAGAUGAGGAGGUGAACCUGGAAGUGAUUGUUUGUUAGUUGGACAAUAUUGUGAAAUAAAAGGAAAUUCAUGACCAAACAUGACAUCAAACAGGAAAAUCCCACAGCAAACAGCAACUGAAACAAACAGUCAAGGCAAAAAAGAAAUGAAGUCUAUAUUGACAAAAUGUCAGUAAGAGAAAAGCUCGAAAAACAGAAGGUUGUGAGCUUAACAAACCCAUGUUAAAAAAUAAAUGAACUAUGUUAGCAGUUUAUAAAGGGCCUCAGGGGAAGCGGCAAUAACCUAUAUAGUAUUGAGUGAAUGCGGAAGUUGGCUGAAAAAAAUAAACAAUUAGAGUUGUACAACUGAACAAGUAACUUUAAAAUGAAAACAGGAUGACCCUUCACUGCAGUUUGAGUAUCAACAAGGUUGCUGUUGAAAGGGUUGGAACUAUAUUAAAAUAAAAAUUAUGAUUUGCAAUAAGACCUUUCAAGUACUUCUGAUAAAAUGUAUUUUUUUAUAUUUUAGCAUAAUAAACUUUCUUGACCUUUUGAUGAAAA